AGCGCCCGCGCCCCGCGCCCCGCGCCCCGCCGCCGGCCGGAGCAUGGAGACGGCGGAGAAGGAGUGCGGGGCCCUGGGCGGGCUCUUCCAGGCCAUCGUCAACGACAUGAAGAGUUCGUACCCAAUCUGGGAGGACUUCAACUCCAAGGCCACGAAGCUGCACUCUCAGCUGAGGACCACUGUGCUAGCUGCCGUGGCCUUCCUGGAUGCCUUCCAGAAAGUGGCUGACAUGGCCACCAACACCCGAGGGGCCACGCGGGACAUCGGCUCGGCACUCACACGCAUGUGCAUGCGCCACCGCAGCAUCGAGACCAAACUGCGGCAAUUCACCAACGCGCUGCUGGAGAGCCUCAUAAACCCGCUGCAAGAGCGCAUCGAGGACUGGAAGAAAUCAGCCAACCAGCUGGACAAGGACCAUGCAAAAGAGUACAAGCGUGCUCGGCAUGAGAUCAAGAAGAAGUCUUCAGACACGCUGAAGCUGCAGAAGAAAGCUCGCAAAGGGAAGGGGGACCUGCAGCCGCAGCUGGACAGCGCCCUGCAGGAUGUGAACGACAUGUACCUGCUACUGGAGGAGACAGAGAAGCAGGCGGUGCGCCGGGCACUGAUUGAGGAGCGUGGCCGCUUCUGCAGCUUCAUUGCCUUCCUGCAGCCUGUGGUGAAUGGUGAGCUGACCAUGCUGGGCGAGAUCACGCACCUGCAGGGCAUCAUCGACGACCUGGUGGUACUGACUGCGGAGCCACACAAGCUGCCUCCUGCCAGCGAGCAGGUGAUCAAAGAUCUGAAGGGCUCGGACUACAGCUGGUCGUACCAGACGCCCCCCUCUUCCCCCAGCAGCUCCAGCUCCCGAAAGUCCAGCAUGUGCAGCGCCCCCAGCAGCGGCGGCAGUGCCAAGGGUGGCGGCGCCCCCUGGCCCGGGGGUGCCCAGACCUACUCACCUAGCCCCACGUGUCGCUACCGCAGCCUGGCGCAGCCGGCCAGCACAUCCACAUCCACACGGCUCUGCAGCGUCUCCUCGCACGACUCGGGCUUCGUGUCCCAGGACCCCACCUACUCCAAGCCACCCUCACCUAUGCCUUCCGACAUCACCAGCCAGCAGAAGUCCUCCAGCUCUGCAUCCUCUGAGGCCUCAGAGACCUGCCAAUCUGUCAGCGAGUGCAGCUCCCCCACCUCGGACUGGUCCAAGGCUGGGGCCCAUGAGCAGCCAGGCACUGCCCUGCCCCGAAGGAAGGACCGUGUGGAGGUCCUCCGGGACACCGAGCCAGGCCCUGCGCUGGGGAGCCCCCUGGGCCCCAGUGGAGAAGAAGCACCACGAACCCGAAUGUCCCCUGCCACCAUUGCGGCCAAGCAUGGGGAGGAGGUGUCCCCCGCAGCCAGUGACCUAGCCAUGGUGCUGACCCGUGGCCUGAGCCUGGAGCAUCAGAAAAGCAGCCGGGACUCACUGCAGUACUCGAGUGGCUACAGCACGCAGACCACCACGCCCUCCUGCUCGGAGGACACCAUCCCGUCUCAAGGCUCGGACUACGACUGCUACUCGGUGAACGGGGACGCGGACGGCGAGGGCCCGGCCGAGUUCGACAAGUCGUCCACGAUCCCGCGCAACAGCAACAUCGCGCAGAACUACCGCCGCCUGCUGCAGACCAAGCGGCCGGCGUCCACGGCCGGGCUGCCCACGGCCGGCCUGCCCCCCGCCGGCGCCGGGCUGCCUUCGGGCGCGCCCCCCGGCGUGGCCACCAUCCGCCGCACGCCCUCCACCAAGCCCGCCGUGCGCCGCGCGCUCUCCAGCGCCGGGCCCAUCCCCAUCCGGCCGCCCAUCGUGCCCGUCAAGACGCCCACCGUGCCCGACUCGCCCGGCUACGCGGGGCCCACGCGCGCGGGCAGCGAGGAGUGCGUCUUCUACGGCGAGGACGCGGCGGCCGGCGCGCUGGCCCCGGACCUGCCCCGGGCCUCGCCCAAGCGCCUCAGCCUCCCCAACACGGCCUGGGGGAGCCCCGACGCCGGGGCGCUGGGCCCGGGCGCCGCCGAGGACGACGAGCAGCAGCAGCUGGCCGCCAACCGGCACAGCCUGGUGGAGAAGCUGGGCGAGCUGGUGGCGGGCGCCCAGGCCCUGGGCGAGGGCGAGUUUCCCUUCCCCAGCGCCCUGGCGGCCGCCGCCCCCGCCCAAGAGACGCCCACCCCGCCGCCCGCCGCCCCCGGCGACCCCCCGGCCGAGGACAUGCUGGUGGCCAUCCGCCGCGGGGUGCGGCUCCGCAGGACCGUCACCAACGACAGGUCGGCGCCUCGCAUCUUGUGAUGCCGCACCCCUCUGGGCCGUGGGCAGCAAGAAAGGCUCGGUCGGUGCAAAAGCCCCAGUC